GUCAACUAGUUGUUGGUUAGCAUUAGCUUCCUAGUUAGCAUUUCCAAACAUUCGCGCACAGACGCCGUGUUUCCGCCGUGAACAGCUGCCGUUCACCAUGAGAGGAGAGCCGCUCUCCUGCUGCGAGUCUGCCCCUCUCUGACGCCGAAGAAGACACGGCCGAAGAAGGCAGCAAUGAUAAGUUAGCGGGCGGAAAAGUCGGUGUAGGGCGACAGUUUUGGGGAGGCUCGCUAGCAUCCUGAGAUUUUGCAAGAACUGGAUGCGGAAGGAAGAUAUCGAGGCUGCUAGUGCUCACUGUAAGCUGUGUCUGGACCCAGAUGUGGACAACACUAUGAAAGUACACAUUGAGCGGGUAACCAAUGUGCCAAAAAGCCCCUCACAGACUCACUCAACAAGGAUUAAGCUAGAGAGUGGCAUUGUCUGUACAGACAGUGAGCAGAUGCUGUCAGAAGAAAAUGCGAGGACUCCUGACCUUUUAUGAACUGUACACGUCUGAGACCAAUCCAGAAACUAUUGUCAUUGAUGAGUCAGUCUUGGUUAUGCAUCCGUCGUCCAUGGAAGUGCCAUCCUAAACGCAGGACACUGUGGCUGAAACUGCACGGUUUCUUGUGCCCCGGAGGAGGAUUUUCCGCGGUGGAUUGAAGUCAAGAAGGCAGAGAUGGGUUCCCAAGCUCUUCAGAUAUUGCGCCAGGGUGUGUGGGCAUCCCUUACUGGGGGGUGGUAUGUCGAUCCUCAUCAGAGCACCUUCUCCAACUGCUUCCAUCUCUACCUGUGGAUAUUUCUCCUGGCCUUCCCCUUUCUACUGUACAUGGCUCUUCCACCUAGUUUGGUGGUUGCGGGUGUGUACUCGGCAGUGGUGGCAGUCUUUUUCACAGCCAUAAAAGUGGUGAACUAUCGACUUCAUUCUAUGUUCGACCUCGGUGAGAUUGUGGAGAAGAAACAGGCCUCGCUCACAGCAGAAGCUCCAAGGGCAGAAGAGGGAGAUGAUGGAUCAGGUGGCCAUGAUGGAAACCAGCACAGGGAUAGUCAUGCUGGUGUGGAGAUGACUGUAUUUAGGAAGGUCAACUCAACACCACCAGUGCGCUGCAGUUCCCAGCACUCUUUGUUUGGACUGAACCAAGUGUCGGAAUUCUUGCCGCAGCUUGAGGACACCGGAGGCACAAAAGAUAUAAAAGAGCUGAUGAGGGAACAAGGUAGCAAUAAUGUGAUUGUUACAUCAGCGCACCGUGAAAUCCUGAGACAAAGCUCCCAGGACACAAUCAGGGCUCCCAGUGUGGUCCAGUCUUGCAUUGCCGCUGCUCUUGGAAGUGACUUUCCUGGGCUCAUUGGUGUCACUGCUGGAUUUAAAGAAGCCCCAGAGUCCUUGUCAAUACCCCCAUCACCCUCUAGUCAAGAAGAUGGAGGAGACAAGGAACACUUGAAUCAGGUAGAAGAGUUACCACAAAAACUGUCUUUAAAAAGCCCCCAUGAGAAUGGGGCAGGGACUUAUUCUCCCCUUGGCCCAUCUGCUGAAUCUGAGAGUAUUGGGGAUACACCCCUUAGUCCUCUUAUUAAAAGUAGCUUAAGCGAGGAGCUGAGUGAAAACCUGCUGGGUUUGGGCCUUGACCCAGUUGUGUUUGCACCUGGCACGGAGCAGCCAGGUUGCCGAAGUGGAGUAGCUUUAGCUGCCGGAUCGACAGACAGUUGUUUUAGCGCAGGUGGGGCCACCACAGAUCGUGAGACACUGAGCACUGUCAGUAGCUAUCGGAGUGAAAAAACGGAUUCUACACAGCUUGAAAGUCCUUCAUUGAGCAUGUCACGGCCAGCAACUGGACCAGGUUCAGCCUCCCCGCCUGAAAAACCCUCCAACAACCCCAAUCCUGUGCAGGACCCAGGAGGGCAGGAUGGAAGUGACACGGACAAUCUGUCGGACAGUGUGCUGCUUCGCUCACCUUCCAAAGAGUUCUCCCACAGCCAGGGACUGGACAGAACCCUUGUUGAGGGAGAUGACUUGCCAUCCGUACCUUCUGAUAUUGCUCAGCCUGCUGCUUUUCAGAACUCUUCUCCUUCUAGUAGUGGCCAUUCAGAGGUGUGUGAUUUAGAAAGGAGUGCCCCUGUUCCCCCUCUGCCCCCACCUCGGCAGGCCAACUCGGUGCCCUCCGGGCUGGCCCUGGGUCUUGUGUGUUCUGAGCCUGCUUUGCCCAUAUCCUCAACUCCGUUCCUGCUGUCUGAUCAGUCAACACUGCAGGCUCAGCAGGUUGUGCGCCCAAAAGACUUGAAGCUGCUGCGGGCCAGUGGCGGAAGCGUGGCACACAGACCAGGCAGAAGGAAAGCCCCGCGUAGGCGUGCCGGCGCGGGAAGCAGCAGUUUUGACUGUGGAUCAUAUAGGCGUCACCACAAUCACAGACAACAUAGAGAUUACAUCCCUGUCCGGAACAGACUGGGCACUAAGGCUUACAGCGAGAGCUUGUUCGAGGAUUCCAGUGAUGAAGAUGACGGCAGUGACAUGAGCGCUGGCUCCAGCAUUGGGUCUCAGCGACGGUACAGCUCGGAUGAUGAUGAAGACGAUGAUGAUUCAAGUUCCUCUACCUCGUGUUAUUCCCCGGACCUGGCUAACACAGGUGUCACGUUACCGCACCCCACUGCUCCUCAACUACCUACUUCAAGAGAAGGAGAUGCUCCCGACCCCGCCAGCCAGUCACAUUCCCGUGCUGCUCAACGCUCCUCCAGCACUGCCAGUGCCAAGACCCAUGCAAGAGUGCUGAGUAUGGAUGGAGCUGGUGGAAACCAGAGUAACGCAGCACAGCUGCCUACCACUCUACUGAAUGUAGGCUCGACCUCUACCCCUGCGCCCCGCACACUCACCGUCUCCAAAUCUGAUUUAGAAGCUCGCACUGGUCACUCUGAUUGCUUUCUUGGAACACAUCAUCGGUUGGAUUCACUUGGGGGUUCUUGGACUGGCAACCAAAUGGGCUGGAGAGCAGGAGAGCUGCUGGAAGAGGGAGCGGUUGGAGGAGCCUUGACAGGAGAAGAUGGAGGGAAGCACGACUCGGUCAGUAGUGUCAAGAGGACGCAAGCGAUAAGGAGGAGGCACAAUGCAGGGACUAACCCAACACCACCUCCAUCCACCAUGGGGUCUCCUCCCAGCCUCCAAGACCUCCAACGGGCUCGGGCGUCCUCCCACUCACGGACACGCACGCUCCCUUCAGCCUUGCAGUUUGCCUCUUCGCUUCUUUUACCGCGCAGUGGGAUCCAUGAGGCAUCCACCUUUGAUGAUACAACAGAGGGCGCAGUGCACUAUUUUUAUGAUGAGAGUGGGGUAAAAAGGUCAUACACGUUUGGACCGGCUGGGGGAGGCUAUGAGGACCCAGUUCAGGAAAGGGAGAGACAGUCUCAGUCGUCGAGCUUCACAUCCACUGAAGUCCAAGAAGGUGCACCAGUGUUGUCCAUGCUCCAGCCCAGACCUGUGGUUUUACAGGGCAUGCAGGUGCGCAGGGUGCCUUUGGAAAUGCCUGAGUUUGAUCUUGACCAUGAGUCAUUACAAGAGUCCCAAGAAAACACACUGAUGAUUGAGGAGAAGGCAAAACCCAAACAGUAUUAUCGCUUUUGGUUGCUGCCUGGGAAGUGGCUGCGGGUUCGAUAUGAUCGACUGGCUCUUCUGGCUUUGCUCGAUAGAAACCGUCGUGUGGGAGAAAACAUAUUUGCUGUGGUGCUGGCCAGCCUUGUGGCCUUUCUCGGCUUUCAGCUUCUGCUCCAAGGUUUCUUCAGAGACAUUUGGGUCUUCCAGUUCUGCCUGGUCAUUGCAAGCUGCCAAUACUCCUUACUUAAGAGUGUACAACCAGAUGCAGCCUCUCCAAUGCAUGGUCAUAACUGGAUCAUUGUGUACAGUCGGCCAGUGUACUUCUGCUUAUGUUGUGUGAUGAUCUGGAUAUUUGACCUGUCGGGUCGCUCAGGCAGCCUGCAGCCAUUUUCGCUCUAUGGAGUGACUUUCUUCUCUGGGCACUUCUUGAUCUGCGUCAGGGAUGUGCUCCUUGUAUUUGCCUUGUGUUUCCCUGUCAUUUUCCUGUUUGGGUUGCUACCUCAGGUUAAUACCUUUGUCAUGUGUCUGCUGGAGCAGAUUGACAUGCAUGUUUUCGGAGGAACUGCCACUACCAGUCCCCUAUCAUCCCUCUUCAGCCUCAUUCGCAGUGUGCUGGUGGCAGCUUUACUGUAUGGAUUUUGUCUCGGGGCCAUCAAUGCACCGUGGGGUGAUGCACACGUUCCUGUACUGUUCUCCGUAUUUUGUGGCCUGCUCCUUGCCUUGUCCUACCACUUAAGUCGACAAAGCAGUGACCCCACCAUCUUAUGGUCACUUGUACGGUCUAAAUUAUUCCCGGAGUUUGAAAGUCGCGCUCCAGAAGAACCUCCUGUGGAGAUCAAGGACCCGCUCCCUGAGAAGCUGCACAACUCUGUGAAAGAGAUUCUACAUUCGGACCUGGUCAUGUGCCCUCUCAUGGCUGUCAUCACGUUUGCCAUCAGCGCGAGCACAGUAUUCAUUGCACUACAACCUGCCCUCAGUUUUGUUUUGUACAUCCUGGCUGGUGUCAUCGGCUUUAUUACACACUAUCUACUGCCUCAGCUUCGCAAGCAGCUGCCAUGGUUCUGCCUGGCUCACCCUGUACUCCGCUCCAGAGAGUACAGUCAGUUCGAAGUCAGAGAUGCUGCCCAGCUAAUGUGGUUUGAGAAGUUGUACGCUUGGCUUCAGUGUGUGGAGAAAUACUUCAUAUACCCAGCCGUCGUGCUCAACUCACUCACAACAGAAGCCAGAACUGUGGGCCAAAACCAUAAAGAUCUGGACAUCUACAGCAGAGCACUCUUCAUCUCUGUAGCGGGCAUGAAGUUGCUGCGCUCAUCCUUCUGUGCGCCGUCACAUCAGUAUGUUACAUUGUGCUUCACCACACUCUUCUUCCACUUCGACUACCCCCACUUUUCAGAAACUUUCCUCAUCGACUACUACUUCAUGUCCAUCCUAUUCAGCAAGAUGUGGGACUUGCUCUACAAGCUGCGUUUUGUGUUGACCUACAUCGCCCCCUGGCAGAUCACCUGGGGAUCAGCCUUCCAUGCCUUCGCACAACCUUUUGCUGUGCCUCACUCUGCUGUGCUGUUUGUCCAGGCCAUCUUCUCUGCUAUCUUCUCCACUCCCCUCAAUCCCGUCCUCGGCAGCGCCGUGUUCGUCACAUCAUACACCAGGCCGGUUAAAUUCUGGGAGCGAGAUUACAACACCAAAAGGGUUGAUCAUUCCAACACACGACUUGCUACACAGUUGGACCGAAAUCCAGGCGCGGACGAUAACAAUUUGAACUCCAUUUUCUACGAGCAUCUAACCCGCUCCCUGCAGCACAGUUUGUGUGGAGACCUGCUGCUGGGUCGUUGGGGCAACUACAACACAGGCGACUGCUUCAUCCUCGCCUCAGACUACCUGAACGCUCUUGUUCACAUCAUAGAAAUUGGCAAUGGCCUGGUCACCUUCCAGCUAAGAGGUCUUGAGUUCAGAGGUACAUACUGUCAGCAGCGGGAGGUGGAGGCCAUCACAGAAGGUGUGGAGGAAGAUGAGGGCUGCUGCUGCUGUGAGCCGGGUCAUCUGCCACACAUGUUGUCAUUCAAUGCUGCCUUUGGGCAGCGCUGGUUGGCUUGGGAGGUGGCUGCUACCAAAUAUGUUUUGGAGGGCUAUAGCAUCAGUGACAACAACGCAGCCUCCAUGCUCCAAGUGUUUGACCUGCGUAAGAUCCUCAUCACAUACUAUGUCAAGAGCAUCAUUUACUAUGUGAGCCGUUCAUCAAAGUUGGAAGAGUGGCUGUCAAAUGAGACCAUUCUCGAUGCUCUGCGACCGUGUCUGGGAGCCAACUAUGUGGACAGUGACCCCAUCUUCAACCUCAACAUCGAUGAGGAUUACGACCACAGAGCCUCCGGCAUCACACCCUCUUCAUUCUGCCUGAUCUAUCUGGACUGGAUUCAGUAUUGCAACAGUCGGCGUCAAACGCCUGUCACUGGUGAAAGGGACUCUCCCCUUGUCAGCCUGUGUUUCGGGUUGUGCAUCUUGGGAAGACGCGCCCUGGGGACCAUUUCCCACAGUAUGUCUGCCAGUUUGGAGCCGUUUCUCUAUGGCCUUCACGCUCUCUUCAAAGGAGAUUUUCGCAUCACGUCUCCUAGGGACGAGUGGGUGUUUGCAGAUAUGGACCUGUUGAACAGAGUUGUUGCACCUGGUGUGCGAAUGUCCCUGAAGUUGCACCAGGACCACUUCACAUCUCCGGACGAAUAUGAAGAUCCGAUGGUGCUCUACGACGCCAUCACUGCAAACGAGGAGAAGAUGCUGAUAUCGCACGAAGGUGACCCUGUCUGGCGCAGCGCCAUUCUGGCCAACAUGCCCUCGCUCCUGGCACUGCGUCACAUCAUGGAUGACGGCAGCGACGAGUACAAGAUCAUCAUGCUGAAUAAGAGAUUCCUCAGUUUCAGAGUCAUCAAGGUGAAUCGCGAAUGUGUGCGUGGGCUCUGGGCGGGGCAGCAGCAGGAGCUGGUCUUCCUGCGCAACCGUAACCCGGAGCGAGGAAGCAUUCAGAACGCCAAGCAGGCCCUGAGGAACAUGAUCAACUCCUCCUGUGACCAGCCUAUUGGGUACCCCAUCUACGUCUCCCCCCUCACCACCUCCUACGCUGGGGGACACAGCCAGCUGCGGUCGGUGUGGGGCGGACCAGUGAGCCCACACAACAUUUACAACUGGCUCAUCAGCAGCUGGGACAGGCUCCAGAAGGGCUGCGGCGCUGGUUGUAACAGUGGCGGGAACAUCGAGGACUCGGACUGCGGCGGUGGCUCCACGUCUGUCUCUGCCAACCCUGCUGUUUACACUUCUCACAGCACGCCAGCCUCCAGCCUUCCACAGCCACAUAUCACCACCGUCCAGCCUCCCCUGGGUACAGAUAAUCCGGUUGGUCCCACCCACAACUGGCCUCACCACCCUCAACCCCUCCCUCUCGCCCUGUUCAGCCAGUCAGAGGGCCGAAUGGAGGCUGGGCUGCUCACGUCACUGCAGCGGACCUCCUCCAUCCAGGGCUUGCUCGGCCAGCAGCUCUCCAACUCCCAGCUCUCGUUCAGCGGCUCCGUAGCGCCGCCUCCUCUGCUGGGCCCGGAGCGCUUCUGUUCAGCCAGCCUCCUGGAGAGCUCGGGGCUCAGAGUGGGCCAGCGGGCUGGCCUGGGCCCGGGCGGCGGACUGCACUUUGAAAGCCAUUUUGGCAAGUGGAGUUUCUCGGGGAGAAAGGGCUUCAACGGACCGGCCUCGGUCGACGAAGGCGCACCGGUCCAGACCACACGAACCCAGCUGGUCCCACCAGCCCCUCUGCCAGAGACCAGCGUGUCACAGGAUCCACUCGGAGUCACUCAGACAACAGAGCCCACCCCGGCCCCAGUAGGGGACCCCCCCACCCCGAGAGAGGAAUCCACAGAGCUGCCUUUACUUGAGCACCUGCGCUGAGUCUGCACUAUCAAACCUCCUGAUGCUCUCCUGAAGCGAAAGCACACGGCUGUCGACUCCUCUCCGUCUCUCUCGACGGCAGCCCAAGCUGGAGCGACACCGGAGCGGAGCGACUGGCGGCAUGUUGCCCGUCAGAUCCACCCAAAGGCCGGCGAGGUCGGCGCGUCACGACGGACCUGCAGGAUGUGACACUAGCGACAGGCCCGGAAGGCCGGUGCAAUGAAAAGGGAUUUCUCCCCGACCCCGCAACACGUCGCUUAUUUUUCUAUUCUGGGAUCCAGAGCGACUUGUCCCCAACACUUUUGCAGCAGCAGUUCAGUUUUGGUUUGAACCCCAGGCAACUAUAGCGUUGUGAAUGUGCGGGUGAAUGAUUGUGGAUUUCACAACAAGCCUUGUUUUGCGCUAACCUCACCCGAGCUCACCCCCCAAGAGGGCUGUCAUUGAUCCAGAAUGUUCUGAUGCCCUCAGUUCACUCUCACUCUACCCCCCUGUUAGACUACUGCUUCUGCCCCUCCUCACCCCCCCAACACUGCUGCUGCUCCGUUUGAUCCAGCGUUUUAGUUGGAAUUAAAUAUUGAAAGCAAAUAUUUAUUGUCUUACAGAUCUCUCUACUGGGUAUGUUUAUAUGGUGUGUGCUCCCCUCCACCCUCCUCUCCCCACCACAGGUUGUGUGUCAUGACGCCAUCUCACUUUUAGGUAAAACUGGAACUCCUCCUGCAGGUCACAGGAGUGGCUUUGUUUCCCCUACUAUGAGGCACUUGAGGUCUUUAAAAAAAAAGAAAUUGGACUGAAUUAUUUCCUCCUCUUGUUGAUGCUCAUGAGCGCCAGUCAUCUUUGCCCCCGACAGUCUCUCAGAUAGCAUCUCGCGCUCUCAGGGUCCAGUCACUGGGGAAGAAACUGACAUGCCAACUUUUACAUUUUGCUUUAAGGGAGGAAACUGUAGAAGAAGGGGGGAAGCAAAGAUCUCAGUGGAAGUCAAGCUCUGUCCUGCUGUAAAAGCCUUGUGAAUGGGGAAAGCCGACCGUUUAAAAGGGACAAACAACUGGAGCCGGAUGAGAUUCUGCUGGCUUCUCCACCGUCAUCAGGCCUUCCUCCUCUGAGCUGCAGGGAGAUCCGAUAUUUUAUUUUUAGGGGGCAAGCACAAGUUCAGACCUGGGUCUCACUAAAAAGGGAUGUCUUUAUCUGGAAUGAUGUACAGCGUAUAUGACUUUAUAUUUAAAAUACAGAUCUAUUUUAGUAUUGGAAUUGGGCUUAAGGAACAUGCAGGACACUAAGUGGAGGUGAGGAGGAGGAACAACACUGUAGGAGGACGAGGCUGAGUCGUGCAGGUUUGAUGGUCUGAGGUUUGCACAAAUGUAUCAUAUACGCCAUCCCACUUGAGCUUUUUUAUUUUAGCUGUCCUUGAACAGGGGUCUUUUAUUUAUGAACUUUGUCAAUGUUCAAUGUUCUGUACAGUUUUUUUAUGUGAUCUCCCCCCCCCCACCCCCCUUCUAUUUAAAUUAAAGGUUUU